AUGCGUGGAUCAUCACUUACUCUCCUUUUUAGCCUUUUUGGAAUUGUUGUAAGUCAGCAUGAAUUUGAUAUUGUGAGUAGUCUCUCGAGUUCGUCUACAUCCUAAUUAUUUGAUUAUUUUUUAGGAUUCUUCACCAUUGGAAGAGGUCUACGUGGAAAAUGGAGCUGCUGUCUGGGGUGCUAAAGCGCCGGAUUACCGUCUGGCAACUACAAGUCCUGGCACAACGGUGUUCAUUCGAAGUUUGGUGUUUGUAGACAAUAAAACUGUAAGAUUCUUAAAAAUUUUGUUAAAAGCAUCGAACAUUUGAAACACUUUCCAGACGUCUUACUAUGAAUUCGACAUGAUCCGAGUCAAACUCAACAUCAUGAAGAUGAUAGACGAAGCAAAUCAAGUAAGACCACUAUUUGUUUGCCUUUUUCAGUGAAUUCUUUCAGUACUUGAACCAACUUGGAGUAGGUUUGAUUGUCGUCGGAAUUCUGCAAACAAACCGUGGCGACUUGAGUCUACAGUCGUUCCAUGAGUACCGGAAUGCGAGGUAACUGGGUGGAACGAACGUGCAAGUUUAGCGUUUACCGUCUGCAAUUUCAGAAUUCACAAACUGCCGGAGCACGAGUUUGCCACUCUGAUCUCCUACAAGUACGCCGGCGGUCUGGCGUAUGUCAAUGGAAUGUGUUCGUCGCAUUCUGUGUCGCUGUGUGGCGUGAGUUUCCUUUCCAAUUUUCAUUAGAAAGGUCAUCAAGAUAAGGGCGGAUAGUCUGUUGUUUGCAAAGUGUUUACAGCUCUUUCGGAAAAGAGACAGACGCCGACAAUGAUUGCGUCGGCAUCCAAUAAAAACACGAUCAUAAGGGUACUCAAAUUGUUGUCAUCCAUGUGUGUUCAUCCACGUUCACCACGCCCGACCGAUAAUAUGGUCCUUUCUCUUUCUGUCCGCUCACAAGCCGUUGUGAUGAAUGAAGAGAACGAUGGAGAAGACGCGCGUAAUUUGGCUCUCAACUCUCAAAUUAGCAAUUCCCUAGGAUAGUGAGUGAGAAGAGCCAUGAUGAAGAGGCUCAUUUCCGCGCGGAAGAUAGGGCCUAAUCGCGCGGAUUUGCUCGGAUUCGUAAUAAGAGAAUGGGAAUGGGAAUUGGUCAUUUCAGUUCUAUCCGAAUGAGCCGAGAGCGAUGGGAUCGAUUUUCUUCCACGAGGUGGCUCACCUAGUUGGAGUCCCGCAUCGGGCAGUCAAUGAAUCUAUUUAUGUACCGAAUUGUCAGUGUACACCGAAAGAUUCCGCAAAAGAGGACGGAUGUCUGAAGAUACCGUUGGUUUUAUCAAAUAAAUGCAAAAAUUAAGACGUGCAUUUCAGAGGGUUCGAUCACGAUUGCACAGUUCAACAGUUUGUGAACACAAUCUACAAGAACAAGUGCAUUUUGAAAGAACCAAAGUUCAUCGAGUAAGUUUUUCACUUCGUUCACCUUACCACCCCACUUCUCCAUGCUCUUUUGCCAUUCCGGCUUUGCGCGUAGGUACACUAUGGCACAUUGUUGUCACUCUAAGAUGGUAAUCAAGAAAGAGUGAAUGUGUGUGGGCGAUUCUCAAACAAGGCCAGGGCAAACAACAAUUUGUGAUUGUAGGAGUGAGCCGGUCUGUGGAAACGGAGUUGUCGAGGAGGGCGAGAACUGUGAUUGCGGGUUGCCGGGUCGGUGCUCCGAUCUGAACUGCCAGCCGCACACCUGCCGAUAUUACAUGCAUCCGUUCUUUUUGGUAAGUCUCUUGCCCAUUUCCUUUCCUUUCCUCCUUCACAUAUCCGACAUCCUUAAUCUAUCUUUUGCCGACACUAUUAUUAUUCUUCAUCCCCAUCUCCUUCUUAUUCUAUUCCAAUCAUGGCAUUAGACCACAACAACUUGCCAUCAAGUCUUAGUGUUCCGGUGUUCCGUUCUAAUCCAUCAAUCUCUCCCGCAGGGCAGUCAGUUAUGAAAAUUACUUGGCGGACCAAGGUAAUAGAUCAACGGGCGAGUAAUGAGAGCGGAGAGCGCGCCAACUGUUGCGCUUCGUCUGUCUCCUCCUCAUCCGCGAGGAGCAACGAUACCCUUAGACCAAGGUCACUCGAAAGCUGUCGGACUGUCCAUUUCAUUUCACCCCUUGGCCCUAUUUUCUAUCCUAAAUGGUUUUCUUGAAGAAUUGAAGCGAAUCCGUUGUCUCUUGCGCGCUAGAUCUUCAGCAUCUUUUCGCUUUUCACAUAUCUUGAUGGCGUACUUCAUUCGUAGAAGAAUUGAUGAUGGCUAUCUUAAUUCGUGGUUUUUGUACAUGAUUCUUUUCGUUUCAAGUGGCGCUUCUAGUAGAUCGCAUUAAUUGUCAUCUUAACGAGAUGAACUGAGAAUGCGCCGGAGCGAACAAUCCUCAUUUUCCCUCACAUGACCAUGUUUUGCGCGCCUUGUGUCACGAAUUCUGACCAUUCGCCCCUCUCGUCACUCUCUUUUUACUGCACAGCGGGUGGGUGACUCUGCCUCUUCGCCUCGAAUUUCAAUGAAACUUUAUGUCGGUGCCAUCGGUCACACUGGGGUCCGACGGGUCGAAAUGUUGUACGACGCAUCAAUGGGCGCCGACGGGAACCCCGUGGUGAAAAACGCGUCCCCCGAGUGGCCCGUUGUGAAUGUUUACGAUGACUAGUAACACAGCUGUUAUCUUUUCCUUGUCGUGCCGACACUUCUCCAAAUUCCACCUGUCCGCUCGCGUUUUCUUCGUUCCUCUAUUCAUUUCUCCUCCGAUUCUAUUUUUAUUCAAUCACGUUCCAAUUUCAGGGUCUCGUUCUAUUCGCGUUCAUCGUUUUCUUGAUUGUCGCAACUUCGCUCGUCAUCUAUCGAUACUUUGGAACCAUGCUCAACUGCUUCAAGAAAUACAAAUCGAAACAUGACCGCGGAAACUCGAGUCCGUACACCAACGGCCAGAUUCAGAUACUUGCUGCGAGCCCGUAUCAGAGCAGAAAACUGUCCCAUUCAUCGGUAUUAAAAUGCUUUCUAAAAAUGAAAUUACUUUAAACUUGAUUUCAGGCUUCUGGAAGUAACACUAUCCUCGUAAGCAAUGAUUCUCGUUUUGCCACAAUCCAAAGGCCGAAGGUUCCUCCGCCACCUCCACCGUAAGUUUCUCUUUCCUUCAAAAAAAGGAUAUCCAAAUAACAUUUCCGGUUCAGACCAAAGACAACAAUCCAAGUGGUGGCGCCAGGUGGUGGUCAGCAGUAUGAAACGUCCAAAGUGUUCGGCUCCUAUCGCGAGAGUUUCUACGAUGACUUUAGUGGUAGGAUCCAAUCAAUACUCUCUCCUCGCCGUUUCUUCGAAUGUUGCUUGUUUUCCAGAUGACGAGUUUGAGGAGCAAGAGGUGCCAUCCGCGUAUCCGCUGCCGCCAGGAGUGCCAACUUGCCCCGCUUACCCGCCAAAUGCUCCAAUAAAUCGUGUAACGGUGGGUUGAUGAGUGCAUCCGUACGUAGUUUACAUUUUUCGCCCCGUCACCGAGAUCCGAUACGAGAUCCACACACCUGACCUUUUGGUAAUUUGAUAGUUUACGAGGAAUUCUUCACGCUUUGUGUGAUUGGAUAGAAUAGUGGAAAGAAGGAAAGAGAAAGGAACUUUGGGAUGAACACUUUCACAGUUUCCGAAUUGAUCCCUUGUCAAAUGAAUUCUGAAACAACAUUUUUUCAAAAUUGUGAAUUUUUGUAAAUUAGAGUACACCAAUUGUGUUUUUUGGUUGGGAUUAAGUAAUUUUAAUUAAAAGAGGCAUUAUUCGAAGUGAAAUAUCUGAAAGUUGAUCUUUCUGGAAUCGGUAAACGGAAAUAUACUUGCAGGUCGACUUGCAGUCUCCGCGUACCAACAGCACAGCAACAACAUCGAAUUCGACGUCCUCGUUUUCAUUUUGA